GAUAUGGAUCCAUCUUUAGAUAUGGAUCUAAUGUCCAGUGGCAUGGUUGAGUCGUUGGAUCUAUUUAAAGAUGAGGAUGCCUUAACCAUAAUUAAGGAAAUGAUGUCACCGGACAUGUUGAAAAACUUUCUCGAUGACAUCGAUCAAGUUCAGCUGCCCAAUGAAUUGCUUGCUAAUAUGGAUUGCCCCAUGAUGGAUAGUCCAAAUAUUAAGUCCGAACUACUUACCAUGGAUACCAGCAAUCAACAACAACAACAAUAUCGGCCGCAGCAGCAACAACAUGCUCAACAACAUAUUAAACAAGAAAAUCUAUCACCCUUGCAGAUGUCACCGCAGCAUAAUCAUGAUAUGGGUGCAUCACCUGUUUAUAAACCACUGCUAUCCUCUGAUCCUCUUAUGGCUUCAAAUUUUAGUCCCCUACCACCAAUGUCCAGCCCAUCCAUGUUACCAUCACCUGGCGGUUUAUUACAGCCACAAAGAUCCAAUACUCCCCAGGGGGUGACUUCGACAACACCCAUGUCGAAUAGGCAUCAUCAAAUCAGUCAGCAGCAGCAUUCUCCCAAUCUUUUACAACAAAUGCAAAUGGAUACUACAACAACAACAUCGGCAAAUAUGGUCAAUAAUGGAAAUAUAAUAUUACAACAACAACAACAAAUUAAUAAUCCAAAUACAAACACAUCGGCAACAUUGCAAUUGGCAACUGUUGCUGCCAGCGGUGGUCAUCAUCAUCUGGAUCUGAAUAAUCAGACCAUGAAUGGUCUGCCGCCCUCAAUUAUUUAUGCCACAUCGGCGGCGGGUACAGCUACCGGAACAGUUGUUAAUGGCAACAAUACAUUUAUAUUGCAGUCAGCUGUACCUCCACCUACAACAACAAACAAUAACAAUAAUCUGACACAUGAGAAAAAAGUACAAAUCCCUCUGGGUAGCAAUAGCAAUACAGGUGCCGUUCUUAAAGGCUCCAUAGCAUCGCAACAACAACAGCAACAAUUUUUGAAAAAAAUCCAAACCCUACCACAAAUUUUAACUGUGCAAAGUAUUGGAACUGUUGCAGCCGCAGCCAAUGGCAAUGCCAAUGAUAAAUCACAGGCCGCCAACGGAAUUCCAACCACAACCUUAAAGUAUACCACAACUCAAUCUCAGCAGCAACAACAACAGACAACAAUUCAAACCCAAGCCCAUCCGCAAGCACCACAAGUGAUUAUACAAACCAAUCCGGUGAUGUAUACCACAGCCAAUGGUACGGCAAUAUUGGCAUCGCAUAUACCAGUCGUAUUGGAACCCGUAACCGCAUCUGUUGCCACUACCAACUCCUCACCAUCUUCAUCGCCCGGUUUGACAGCAGGCAACCACCAUCAACCUCAACAGUCGGGACAAUCACCGCCGCAAGAUAAAUUACCCAUAAAUCGUAGUCCCCAAUCGCAAUCCCAACCGCCCCAGCCCAAGGUAAAGGAGGUUAAACGUUCGGCCCACAAUGCCAUCGAACGUCGCUAUCGUACCUCGAUCAAUGACAAAAUUAAUGAACUUAAAAAUCUGGUCGUUGGCGAGUCGGCGAAGCUCAACAAAUCCGCAGUUUUACGUAAAUCUGUCGAUAAAAUUCGUGAAUUGCAACGUCAAAAUUAUGAGCUGCGUAUGGAGGUACAACGUCUGCAGGGUGAAUUGAUGUCACGUGAUGGUUCCAAGGUACAAGAUCUAUUACAUCCAUCGUCGGUCAGUGCUGGUGGUUCGGGUGGCAAAAAACGCAAAGCCUCCUCCAUUGAGGGUCUUAUUAUGUAUGGCAAAGAAGCUGCUAAUCUAAUGACACCACCACGCAGCGAUGAUUCAGAUCCAUCGCUAUCACCCAGCCAUUCAGAUUCAUCAAUGCCACCAUCACCCUACGACAGUUCCAGUUCAUCAACGGCCAGUGUUAAGGAUGGUGACAUUGAAAUGUUACCGAAAUCUAUGCAAGGAAUGGCUGCCCAUUCUCGGCUGGCUUUGUGCAUGUUUAUGUUUGCCAUUUUGGCCGUGAAUCCAUUUAAGAAUUUCUUGGGUAAUACGGGACUGGGCGGCAGCGGAGAAUAUAUGUUCGAUGAUGAUGAUCUGGUUGGACAGAGGAAAAUAUUAUCGGUGGAUGAUGCAGAUAUGGGUGCCAAGAUUUGGGCCAAUUCCACCUCUUCCUUGAUAUUAUGGACCAUGAAUAUAUUGGUGAUGUUAAUGUGUAUGAUAAAACUUUUGGUCUAUGGUGAUCCUUUGCUGGCAUCCGAAACCCAAGCAUCCGAAGCCUAUUGGAAACACAAGAAACUGGCCGAACAAUAUUUCAAUACAGGCGAUUCUAAGAAUGCCUAUUCGGAAUAUCUGCGCUGCCUGCAAAUCUUCGGCAUUUCAUUGCCCACCACACGUUUGGAAUCCUUUACCCUGACUAGCUGGCAAUUUAUACGUCUCUUCUUUCAUCGUAUAUGGAUCGGUAGGGCAUUGUCACGUAAGGCAGGUGGCCUCUUCUGCAGUGAAGAACAACGUAAAGAGGCAUUGGCAUCGGCCCGUGAAUUGGCGCUGAUCUUCAAUCGUCUAAAUCAAUUACAUUUGACAUCGAAAAUUAAUGAUUCCCACGGCCUGGUUAUGUCUUUGUAUGCCAUCAAUAUGACCGAAGUGGCUGCCCACCUCCUGACACCCAGUGAGUUGGCUAGCAUUUUUAUAACAUCGGCCCUGCGCGUGAAACGCAGCUAUCCAAGUUAUUUGAAAUUCUUUGGUCGCUAUUUCAUCAGUCGGGCCAAAACGGAAAAUUCCAAAAUUCACGAUCAAACCCGUGAGACACAUUGGCUAUUCACUUCGUACGGUUAUCGUUAUUUUAUCACCCACGAUUUUGAUUUUGUCGAGAAUGUAGAGAAGGAAAAUCCCUCGGCUUCACUGUUUGCUACCCUCAGCAACCCUUCGGAUCCAAUGUCGUAUGUGGUAAAACAUUAUCGUGAACAUUUACUUCUCCGUGCGAUACAAUGUUUAUUGGGCUCCUCAGGUGGUGGCGGUCAUAAGAAUCAUAAUAAACAGCAGCCAAGUGGUGGUAAGGGAAAUGGAUCUACAGACACCAGCUCCUCUGCACCAGCACCCGGUACCAUUGUUAGCAAUGUCUUGAAAUAUACAUCUCUACUGCGUGACACCUUGUCCAAUGAAAAUAUGGAUAUAAAAAGUGAAUGGUGGUCUAGUGUAUUGGAAAUUUCCGUACAUUGGCUAUUGGGUGAAGACACUUUGGCCGAUAAUCUAUUGGAAACAGUGAAGACGUUACCGAAACCAUUGCUCGAAAGUGGUGAUCAUUUGCCAAAGGCUUUGCAUACAAUUCUGAAGGCGAAGGCAAUGUUAAUGGGCAACAAUGCCAACACCUUGGAAAGUCGGGACAUACAAAAAAUAAUGCAUAUAUGUGAUGAGUCCAGUGCCUAUUUGCAGGAAUGUUUGACCGUCAAUAAAAUCACCAAUGCCAAGGGUAUUAAAUUGCUUUUCCAAUUACUUACCUGUGAUUGGAUAUUGGAAACACGCACCGAACUUUGGGAAUCCGAAUAUAUGACCAUUGAUGAUGAUGGCUAUUAUCAGGUACCCGGUGAUGUAUUGGAGAAAUUCCAAAAGGAUUUGAAUUCAUUGCGCAGCAUUGUUGAGGAUAUACCGAGUGGCCAGUCCCGCAUCUAUUUAUAUGAAGCUGUAUGCCGUCUCAUGGCUGGUGCCUCGCCGGGGCCAACACAACAACUAUUGGAUCGUAGUUUGCGCCAUCGCCAUGCCCGCUCCUCAAUCAUUUGCGGUGGCAAAGAUAAAAAUCACAAUUUGGAGGGUGGUGAAAGGGAACGAGCGGCUGCUAUGUAUGUGGCCUGCAAAUAUUUACCCUCAGCUCUAUUAUGCUCACCAGGUGAACGGGCCGGUAUGUUAGCGGAGGCCGCAAAAACAUUGGAAAAAGUUGGCGAUAAACGUAAACUGAAGGAAUGCUAUCAACUGAUGAAAUCUUUGGGCAGUGGUUCUGCUGUUACUAAUUAAAGACUUUAUUUGAAAAAUACACUUAUUUUUAUUAGUUU